GGGAGCGAAGGAGGAGGUGUGAGUCGAGCGGCUCUCGGCUGCCUCAUCUCAGCUUGAUGAUGAUCGCUGCCGUGUUUCUGGUUCUCCUCAGGCCGCUCAGUCUUCAGUGCGCGCUGCUGCUGCUGUUGCUGUUACUCGGAACCAUUGCCACUAUUGUGUUUUUUUGCAGCUGGCAACGCAGUGUCGCUCACGGGAAGCAGCCCAUCAAAUCAGUGCUGUCAGGGCGCUCCAAGUGCCGCGUGGGCCUCCGAACGCAUCAUUUUCGAUCAGAGGGCUUCCGACACAGUCCACGCCACUCGAGAAGAAGCUCACAUGCUCGGGUGACAGACGAAAAGUCCAAUUUGGUGGAGGUCCCGGACAAUGAGCCGGAUUCCUCAUCGAUUCUCAGGAAAAGGAAAGUGAAGAAGCGAGUCCUGCCAGCGUUCUAUCAGUCUGUGCAAGUCACCCCGACACGGAAAACUAGCUCCUGCUCGGGGAACCCUUCCCUCCACUGCUCCAUGUCUUCCUCUGCCGAUUUAUCCGAAGAGGAAGAUUAUAUUGUCAAAUCGGGGUCGACAUCGCCGGCACCUGGCGAUACUUUGCCAUGGAACCUGCCCAGACAUGAAAGGUCCAAGAGGAAAAUUCAAGGAGGCUCCGUGCUGGAUCCGGCUGAGAGAGCGGUGCUCAGAAUCGCAGAUGAAAGGGACAGAGUGCAAAAGAAGACAUUCACAAAAUGGAUAAACCAACAUUUGAUGAAGGUACGGAAGCAUAUAAAUGACCUGUAUGAAGACUUGAGAGAUGGACAUAACUUGAUCUCGCUGCUGGAGGUUUUGUCUGGAGACAAAUUGCCGAGGGAGCGCGAUGUCCUGAAGACAUUGCGGUUGCCUCGGGAGAGAGGAAGAAUGCGCUUCCACAGGCUCCAAAAUGUACAGAUAGCACUGGACUAUUUAAAGAGACGGCAGGUCAAACUUGUAAAUAUCAGAAAUGAUGACAUCACAGAUGGCAAUCCCAAACUGACCCUGGGAUUGAUCUGGACUAUAAUACUGCACUUUCAGAUUUCAGAGAUUCACGUCACAGGUGAGUCCCAGGACAUGACGGCCAAAGAGAGGCUGCUGCUUUGGUCCAAGCAGAUAACGGAGGGCUACGUCGGUGUUAGAUGUGACAAUUUUACGACAUCCUGGAGGGAUGGCAGGCUCUUCAACGCCAUUAUUCACAAAUACAGACCCGACUUAGUUGACAUGAGCCGGGUCUCUACACAGACCAACCGAUCCAAUUUAGAGAAUGCAUUCGGUGUGGCUGAGCAACUUGGGGUGGCCAGACUGCUUGACCCAGAAGAUGUGGAUGUUCAGUCUCCUGAUGAAAAGUCAGUCAUCACAUACGUGUCAACACUGUAUGAUGCCUUCCCGAAGGUUCCCGAGGGAGGAGAGGGAAUUAGCCCCAAUGAUAUCGACAUUAAAUGGGUGGAGUACCAGAACAUGAUCAAAUACCUCAGUCAAUGGAUCAAACACAAUGUGGCCGUAAUGUCCGAUAGAUCAUUCCCCAACAAUCCUGCUGAACUUAAGGCACUUUACACACAAUACCUGCAAUUUAAAGAACAUGAGAUUCCACUGAAGGAGAAUGAGAAGACAAGAAUAAAAAAAUUCUACAAAAUGCUCGAGGUGUGGAUCGAAUUUGGACGAAUACAUUUACCUCCGGGUCAUCACCCAAAUGAUGUGGAGAAGGAAUGGGGUAAAUUAAUUGUUGCCAUGCUGGAAAGAGAAAAAAGCCUGAGGCCUGAGGUAGAAAGACUUGAGACGCUGCAGCAGAUUGCCAACAGGGUUCAGCGAGACUGUGUUCACGGCGAGGACAAGUUGGGGCUGGCAAGACUUUCCCUGCAAUCUGAUGUUAAACGUCUUGAAUCUGGCAUCCAUCUCCGAAAUGAAGCCGAGAUCGCCGGCUACCUUUCGGAGUGCGAGAACAUCCUGAGACAACAAGUAGUGGACAUCCAAGUUCUUCUCGAUGGAAAAUAUCCAUUCACAGAUCAACUAGUCCGAAGGGUAUCAAAUCUACGAGACGAUCUUCUCUCCCUGAGAGCGCAGUGUGCCUCUUUGUACAACAAAGGCCGCACUUUAACGACCGAGCAGACCAAAAUGAUGAUAUCAGGCAUCACGCAGAGCCUGAAUUCAGGCUAUUCCCAGAACGUGAGCCGAACUCCUUCACUCACCCAGGGAGGCAUCGAUACCUCCACAUUCACCUCGAGCCUUACGCCGUCCUUGAGCCGUGGGCUGCAGUCUGCUUCAGAGCAAAGCUACAUGAGCAGCGCUGACAAUAUGGAGCCAGGCAUCCUCAGGCUAAUCGCACCCAUGCACAUCCCCAAGCCCUCAAUGAAGUCCACACUGACCGAUUCCAGCUUGACAGAAGCCGAGGUGAACAUAGAAUACAUUCAGGACCUGUUGAAAUGGGUGGAGGACAUGCAGUUGCAAUUAGAUCGCUCUGAAUGGGGAUCUGACAUGCCAAGUGUGGCGACGCACUUAGAUAACCACAAAGCGCUACAAAGAGCUAUCGAAGAAUUCCAAAUGAGUCUGAAAGAGGCCAAACUGAGUGAAAUGCAAAUGGAACUACCUUUGAAACAAACCUACUCUGACAAAUUAAGCAGUCUAGAAAAGCAGUAUGAAAAACUUUUGAGGUGUUCAAAGGAGCGACAAAGCAACCUGGAGAGCCUGCACGACUUUGUGUCUCAAGCAACUCGUGAGCUCAUCUGGCUUAACGAGAAGGAGGAAGAGGAGGUCGCGUUUGACUGGAGUGAUCGCAACAGCAACAUAUCCAAGAAAAGAGACUACCAUGCUGAUCUGAUGAAGGAGCUUGAUGAAAAGGAAGAAGUGAUCAAGUCUGUACAAGACUUAGCGGAGCGUCUUCUUUUUAAGAGUCACCCAGCUCGGUUAACUAUUGAAGCAUACAGAGCUGCCAUGAAAACGCAGUGGAGUUGGAUCCUGCAGUUGUGCUCGUGUGUGGAACAGCAUCUAAGGGACAAUGCUGUUUAUUUUGAGUUUUUCACUGAUGCCAAAGAAGCCAUGGACUUCCUUCGAAGCUUGCAAGAGGCCAUUCAGCGAAAGUACAGCUGCGACCGAACCAGCAGCUUGCACAGACUGGAGGAUCUCCUUCAGGAAUCCAUGGAAGAGAAAGAGCAACUUCUUCAAUACUGCAACACGGUAGCCGGGCUGAUGGGUCGGGCUAAGAAUAUUGUGCAGCUCAAGCCGAGGAACCCUGACAGCACUCUUCGAUCUUCCAUCCCUGUCAAAGCCAUCUGUGAUUAUCGACAAAUAGAGAUAACCAUUUAUAAAGAGGAUGAGUGCGUGCUGGCUAACAACAAUCAUCGGGCCAAGUGGAAAGUGAUCAACCCUGCAGGCAAUGAGGCCAUGGUGCCCUCUGUCUGUUUCACCGUGCCCCCACCUAACAAGGAGGCUAUGGAGAUGGCUUCAAAAACGGAAGAAUUAUACCAGAACGUCCUCUCACUUUGGCAUCACUCCCACAUCAACAUGAAAAGUGUGGCGUCUUGGCACUGUCUCAUGGCUGAUAUACGCACUAUCCGCCACUGGAAUGUAGCUUCUUUUAAAACGAUGCUACCGGGUGAGCAUCAGCAAGUUUUGAGCAACCUUCAGUCCCAUUUUGAUGAGUUCUUGGAAGACUGUGAGGAGUCCGAGGUGUUCACCGUGGCAGACUGUGCUCAGCUGGAGAGGGACGUUGAAGGCUGCAAGGAAUACUACCAAGAACUACUCAAAUCUGCAGAGCGAGAGGAACACGAGGAGUCUUUGUACAAUCAUUACAUCUCAGAAAUACGCAACUUCCGGAUGCAUCUGGAGACCCAGGAAGAGCAACUGAUCAGGAAAAUCCGCGCGCCUCUGGACAGAGACGACAUGUACCAGAGUCUGCAGCGCAUCACUGAGCAAGAGAAGAAAAUGGAAGAGCUGCAUAAAUUUAAGGAAGACCUGGAUAACAUAAAUGAGAAAUGUGAGGUGUUCCUCAGACAAGCUGCCGGCUUUCCAUCAGCUCAGACUCUUUCCGCCGAACUAAGCAUUGUGCUUCAGAGCAUGAGCCAAGUGCACUCCAUGUCUUCUAUAUACAUGGACAAACUGAAGACGAUCAGUUUGGUGGUGAAGCACAGCCAGAGUGCAGAGGCGUUGGUGAAGGCCUACGAAUCCAAACUCUAUGAGGAAGAUGCCAUCAACUCUGACCUUCAGUCUAUUGAAACAGUCACUUCUAUACUCAAGCAAUGGCGAACCGAGAUUGACGAAAACCAGGAAGUCUUCCACAAUCUGGAGGAUGAACUGCAGAAAGCCCGACUCACCAGUGACCGCAUGUUUAAGUCCCACAACGAGCGAGACUUUGAUCUGGACUGGCAUAAGGAGAAAGCCGACCAACUGAAUGAGAGAUGGCGCAACAUUCACUCCCAAAUUGAUAGCAGGCUUAGGGAUUUGGAUGCCAACAGCCAAUUCCUGAAGCUUUACAAAGACUCCUACAGUAGUCUAGACGAAUGGAUUCGAGAAGUUGAAACAGAACAGAUAAUGGCCCAAGAAAAUAAACCUGAAGAUAGCAAGGCUUUUGCUGAAGUGUUGAACAAACAGAAGGUUCUUGUUGCUGAAAUUGAACAAAAGCAGAGCCAGAUUGAUGAAUGUCAGAAGUACUCAGAACAGUGCUCCUCUGUCAUCAAGGAUUAUGAGCUCCUGCUGAUGACCUUCAGAGCGAUGGUUGAUUCCCAACACAAAUCUCCACUCAAGAAACGCAAAAUGCAGAGCUCUUCUGAUAUUAUACAGCAGGAGUUUAUGGAUCUUCGCACCCGCUAUACAGCCCUUGUGACCCUCAUGACGCAGUAUGUGAAGUUUGCAAGUGAAACCCUGAAGAGAGCAGAAGAGGAGGAGAGAUCGGUGGAUGAAGAAAAGCGAGAGCAUGGUGAUAAAGUUAGCAAACUAUUAGGUUGGAUGUCUAAUGUGAAACAGAAUGCGAGCAAUGAGGGAAAUACUCUGAAAGAUAGUAAUGCCAACAGAGAUGCUUCAAAUAAAUCCCAGGUCUCCAUGGAGGAAAUGGUUACUAAGAAAGAGCAGAUUGCGGAAGCUAUUAGGGCCACAGAAAUGAUGCUGAACAAACACAGUGAAAAAAUGUCAGAAGAGGAGAAAGAAAAAGCCCAGGAACAGUUGAAGGAGCUCAGUCAGGCCUACGGUGACCUUUCCCAGCAUUGUUCUGAUCAGCCCACACAUGAACAUGAGGACGUGAAAGCCACCAGUAGCGCGGACUGUAUUUGGACCCAAGCAAUGGAUGGCCUGAGUAAUGACAUAAUUGGGUUCCUCCUUCCGACCCCAGACCUGUCUCAGCCUGAGUCUCAGAUGUGCUGGGAUGAUGUUCUCGAACAUGAUGCUUCUCACACGUCGACAACUGGGAAUUAUUUGCAGGAGUUAAACAUGGAGAACAAGCGCAUAGAGGAUUCAGACGUGACCUCCGUGUCCAUCUGCGACGUCGCAGCAGCAGCGAGGGAUGCGUCCACGGUCGACGAGCUUGUCGUAAAGAUGAUAGAAGUCAAGCAAGUCAGUGAUGGACUGAAUGUGACCUACUCAGGAGAUACAGUGACGCUUAAGACAGCGUUUCAGCAAGGGCUCAUUCCUGCUUCUGUCUAUGUUAACAUUCUCCAGAGGCAGAAAAUGGCGCACGACCAUUCUAAUGCAAAUGAGUCCCAUUUAGAAGCCAUGCAGGUUAAUAGACUGAUACUGGAGUGCAUAACUAAAUCAGUGACACCAGGGAGAACUGUUCACACUAUGACAUCUGUCCACAACCUAGACAGAAUAUUAAAGUUGAAUCCCGCUGAGGAAAAUGUUGCUGCCCCAACAGAAAAGGAUAAUACAAGAGCAAGUCAAAAAGUUAAUUCUUCCUCUGGCAACUUGGACAAUGGGGAUGGAGUAAGAGUAGAUGCAGAAGUUCAGUGUGAUUUGAUGAGUUUUAGCAGUACACUCAUUGUACUUGGGAACAGGCAUCAGUUCGUAGGCCUUGUGUUGCCUCGGUCGAAUGAAUGCCAGUUUAGUGCCGCAUCAUCGGAAUACGAUGAGCAUCGCAGCACUGAUGUGUUUGAAAGCAGGCUGCUCAGCAGUAGAUGGAAAGUGUCAGCUUUUUAUAUUCCAGAAAAUUCAGAGAUUGUGGAUAUCAAUGGUGCCGUACAAAAUGGUUACAUUGACGUUUACACGGCAGACAUCUUAAAAUCCAUCGAAAUCCCUGAUGAGUUUCUCGAUGUUGAUCACCUUGAUGAGAAGUUUUCAUCUUGGCUCAUGUAUCGAAAACUCAAAGUAGAUGGACGUAGCCAUGAUGGAGUUGUGUUUACUCCUUCGGAGACAAAGCAGCUUUUUACAUCCUACCUAAUGAUAAAUAGUUACAUCGACCCAAAGUCUCAAAAUAGGGUUUUAAUACUUGACAAGCCCUUAAUUAAAAUGAUCCAUUUAUUUCUUGAAGAUUCUGUAUUAUAUGAUAGCACCCAACACAGUAUGGUGCCUUGGACUGUCCAUACUGAAGAUCUUUUGGAGCAGGAGGACUUUGAGGUGCCAUUCAUAAGUGAGAAAGCAGAAGAAAUGGUGAUAAACACAAAGAACUACAAAAUGAACCCUCAUCAUUUUGUCCCCUCAUUUGAUGGGGUACUUGACAACAACAUAAAUAUAAAUGAUGAUCUAAAAAUGGAUUGCAUGGACAAUGUCACAGAAGCUGUUAUGCUUACUGAAAGACCAACAGACUACCAAAUGCUUGAUGAUCAUUUAUAUAUUGGGGAUCAAUAUGAUGCUAAUGAUGUUUACAAGAUUCCAACUACCCAAGAGCUUGCUUUUAUCAACAGAUGUAAUGCUGACUCACUAUCAAUGUGUUCAGAGGAAAGCAGCCAUCAGCUUGCUGCAGAGCUUAGUGCUGAGCCAUUGUGCAAUGCAUCAAGGACGAUCAAUAACACUACAGAUGGUGAUGUGUUGAGGGGAGGAAAACAUCACAGUGAUAUUCAGUUGGAUUCACAGUUUGAAGAAAAGGGCAUUUUGGAUGACACAUCUGUCAAUGACCUGGAGGGAACAACUGAGGAGACGGAGGAAAACAUUUAUUCAGAAGACUUGAUUUAUUCAGAAGUAAGGUGCAGCCAGCCUUACCCGGAUGAUGAUAAUCUUGGUCCUGUUGAUGUGAACGAAGACCGAGAAACACAUAAUUCAUCCAAGAGGAAGUCUUCUCUCCUGAUAGAGGAUGAUAUUGUUUUAGAUGACGAGGCAGAAAAAAAAUUAAUGGAGAUAAGUGAUCAUCAUUCUUCUUCAUUACUUUCUGGUCAUGAGCCACUGAUGAUGUCACCCUCUCAUAGGGAAGAGGUUUCUCCCGAGUGUGUCCUUCACUUGGAAGAAUCGGCUUCACUCUCUGAUGUCACCAACUCACUUAAUGGAGUCAAUAACCUGCUGGCUGAUAAGCAGGAUGAGUCCUAUGAAACUGCUGCUUCAUCUUCAUAUCGUGCUAUUACACUAGAAAGCCACAGUGAGUCUUCCACCGAUGCGAAUCAAUGUUACAAGGUUAACGCAAUGUCCAGUGAGUAUGAUUUCUACAAAGCUGGAAAUGUGACAACUUGCGAAUUGGGAAAAUCAUCAUUUUUGGUUUCCCCUUUUGUCGAGGCUGAGAUAGGCUGCUCAUCACCUGGAGAUGUGGUCAGUGAUGUACAAGGUAGCUCUGUCACAAAAGAUGGCGACAGACUCCAGCAGAUAUUUCUUCCUUCAGAGAGUGGUUAUGAUCUCAAACCUGAGCCCAAUACUUCAAAGCAUGAUUUGCUCAGUGAAAGAGUUUUGAACCCAUCAUCCUUCCCAUCUGUUGCAUCUAAUGAAUUUACGGCAAAAAAUCCUUAUGAUAAAAGCUGUGAUAUCAAAUUUGUUCAUCAGGAACAAACACUGAUUGGUUUGAGAUGCAGUCCAGUACCCCCAGAAGAAAGACAACUAACAGAAUCAAGUGAUUCUGAGGAGAACUAUCACAAAUCAAAGGAGGUGUGUGUAGAAGAAACAUGUCAACAGAAUAUAAAUUUGGCUGGAUCAGUUUCAAGUCCACCCACUUCACCAGACUCCACUCAGAAUUCUGUGAUCGAAGUGAAACGCAAAGGCAAUAUACUUACUGAUCAAAAUGGGUUGGAUGUAGAUGGAGAACCUCAAGUAGUUCCGGAUUAUUUGCUGAAUAAAACUUUUCAUGGAAGUGAUGAUGCUCUCAGUUCAGACAAAAAUAAAACUGACGAUGAAGUCCAUGAAAGAAAGCCUGGGAUGCUAACCGGAAAUGUGAAAGACGAAUAUGAAGCCUUAACAGUGAAAGAGAUAGAAGAGUCCAUCAUCAUCACUAGAAGAGAUGAAGAUAAAUCUGAUGCCCCAGCCAGAAAGGACAAAAUAAAGAUUCAUAACUCAGUUACAAACAAUGAAGAAGACUUUGGUGUUCAAAUUAAAGAGGAUGAAGAGUCGUUUGAUGCCCCAAGGGGAGAUAUUCAAGAGGAUGACGCAGACAAUGUUCCUGGAAACAUUGAAAUGAAUUCUGACAACCCAUCGAGAAAAGAUGAAGAGUGGUAUGACGCCCCAUCUAUAAAAGAUGAAGAGAACACCUUUUCACUAAAUGGAGAGGAUAAAGAAUAUUCCAGCGUGCCAAUUGGAGAUGAUGAAGUGAGGUCUUGCACCCAACCUAUAAAACAGGAUACUGAUGCUCCAACAGAACAAAAUGAACAGAUUGAUGCUCAAACUAAAAACUUGGAAGUCAAGUCCAUUGUUUUGCAUGAAAAAGAUGAAAAUGGGUCUAUUAGCUCACUCAUCAAACAUGAUGAGUUUUAUACCCUCACUGGAAACACCGAAGAUGAAUACAAUAUCCUAACUACAAACAACGAAGAAAGUUCUGAUAUACCACUAACAAAAGAUGAAGAUGGAUCUCAUGGAUUUCAAGAAGAGCCUGAUAUACCGACCAGAAGAGAUGAUAAAAAUCAUAAUGCUCCGCCAGUAAAAGAUGAAGAGAGAUCUGAUGACUUGGCUGAAAAAGUGAAGCAAGAGCUCAUCUGUUUAGAUGCACAACAUUUGAACAAAACUGACACACAACAAGAGGGGAAAAUCCAUGAAAUGAAGCCUUGUUUUCUUAUCAGAAAAGAUGAAGUGGGUGAAAAUGAUGGUGCAUUAACUGGAAAAGAGGUUGGAGAAUCAAAUGAAAGAAAUGAAGAGUUGACUAAAACUGGAAAAUAUGAAAACAAGAUCACAAUUUCAAUUGUAAUAGAUGAAGACUGCAGCACCCCACGAGAAAAAGAUGAACGGGUUUAUGACGCCUCACUAAUGAAAAAUGAAGAUGGACCAAAUGACUCAACAAGACCAAACAAAUCCCAUGAUCACCUUGGAAAGGAUGAAGACUACUCUUUUGAUACAAUUAGGAAAACUGGAAAGGAGUCUGAUUCUCCAAACACAAGGGAUGAAGCUGUGUCUCAUGUCCCACUUAUAAAAAAUGAGAGUGGUUGUAAUUCUCCACCUGUAACCGAUGAAGAGCUGUCUGUUGCCUCACCUCAAAAUGAGGAAAACGAUUCUGAUGCCUUGCUAAUGAAAGAUGAAGAGUGGUCUAACAACACAAUUAGUGAGCCUAAUCCUGAUCCCCAAACUAGAAGGGACAAGGAUCGAGAGAGCUAUUGUAUGCUCCCUGAAGAAGAUCAAAAGUAUUCCAAUGUCUUAACUGCAAAAUAUGAAAUUGGUUCGGAUGCCACUCUUGCAAAGUCUAAUGCCUUAACUGAGGUGUCUGAAGUGUCACUUUUUAAAACUGAGGAAGCAUCUGAAAUGCCAACUGGAAUCAUUGAAGAGGAGUCCAGCACUUCGAAUCAACAAAAUGAACCAGAGUCUGAACAAGAUGAAGAAGGCUCUGAUACUCAACCUGGAAAAGCUCAAGGCGACUGUUUUACUCCAAUAGGAGAAGACGAGGGGGAGGUCGUGUUUGCAGGUCAAAGUCUCGUGAAAUAUGAAAAGGAGUCUGACGUCUCAAUUAUAAAAGAUAUAAUUGAGUGUCCUGGCAUAUCCCAAAAAGAAUGUUGUAUCCCAAUUGAAGGCAAUGAUUUUUGGUCUCAUAUCUCAUCAAGAAAAGAUGCUCAAAUUAGAAAAGAUGAAAAGGAGACUGAUCCUCCAAUGAGAUUAGAUGAAAUCAGGUCAAAUGUCUUACUUCCAAAGGAUGAAGAGAAGUCUCUAAUGCCAGCUGAAAGUAUGCAAGAAGAUUCUAGUACCAUGUAUCGGCAAAAUGAACAAGUCUCUGGAAACGCUGCAAAGUCUGAUAACCAACUUGGAAAUAAUAACGGUAAUUAUUCUACUCCGACUGAAGAUGGAGUGGAAUCUGAUGUCAUGCCGGUACAAUAUGAAGAGGAGUCUGAUUCUUUACUCAUAAAAGAUGAAACGCCAUCUCAUGACACAAUUCAAAAAAAUAAAGAGUCUGAUAUCCCAACUACAAGAAAUGAAGACCUGUAUCAUGCCACAUCUAUAAAAGCAUUUGAUGCCCAAACUCGAAAAAAUGAAGAGGAAAAAGACAAAGAAGGCUGUGACAUGCCUGCGAAACACAUUGAAGAAGAGUCCAAUAGCCCAGCUAGAAGAAAUAAAGAACACUUUGGAAAAGAUGAGUGCAUUGAUACCCUGACUGGAAACAUUGAAGAAACAUUCCAUGUUCCAACUAAAAUAGCAAAAGUUUCUGAAGAUGUGUCUGAGAACGAUGAUGAGAAUGAUCUAACUGGGAAAGUUGAAGAGAAAUCCAAUAUCCUGUCUAGAAGAGAUGAUAAAGCCUCUGAUGCAGCACUUGGAAAAAAGAAAUAUGAUUCUGAUGCACCAUCUGAAAAAGAUGACUUUGAUGCACCACCUGGAAGUUUUGAACAGCAGUUUGAGCCCUUCCUAAUAAAUGAUGAGUUGAAUACUCCAAACGGAGAUGCAGAAGACUCUGAUAUAUUUCCUUCAAAAUAUGAAGGAUCAUCUGAAGCCAUGCUUGUGAAAGAUAAGGAGAACUCUCCAACUGGAAUAGAUCAUGAAGAUGCAAAAGAUGAACGGAACUCAGAAUCUCCAAUAGAAAAAGCGAAAGAGCAGUCACUUGUUCCCAACAUCCAAAUGCAGUUUCUACAGGUACUUCAAAGUGUCUCCUCAGGCCAAAACCUCUCAAUGCUCCAGGAAGUGAUGGAGAGCCGUGCUUUAGGGAGUGAUACUCACAUCCUGGAAUGUAUCAAGGAGGAGAGCUCAGAGGAUGAACUGCUGGCAGAGCAGUCGCCUAUUCUCUCCGCCGACAAUGUGGACGAGAUCAAGAACCUGAUAUUCUCUACCCAGGAUUACCUCGAGUGUGUUGGCAGACUCCAAGAUCACGCCGAUGUUUUAGACGAUGUUAGAAAAGACCUUUUAAUCGGAGAAUCAAAUGGCACCAACAUGGAGGAAUUGCAGAUUCAAGUAGAUGAAAUCCAGUCACUAGAGUCCCAAGUUUACUUACUAGCCGGUGUCCUGACUGAAGAUAUGGAAAAGGCCAAACUGCUCUUAAAUGCUCCUGACGAGAACAUCCCCGCACAAAUCCGUAAAGAUCUGUCUUCAACAUAUGAGGAAUUACAGCAAAGUUUUACUACGGUUUGCCAAGAGUGUGCAGAAAAAACUCAGUCGUUGUUUCGGGCCAUGGAAAAUAGUAAGAAGGUAUAUUUGGAAUCAACAUACCAGAAACAUCUUGCUGAUCUCGAUAUGUUGGUGGGCCUCAUCCAAAAGGAACUAAAUAUAGCAGAUAUGGAUUUCAACACUUGUGAUGUUGAAGCACUCAAAUGCUGCAUCCAAAGAAACAAGGAUGCUGAGAGUAAUCUUCAUCAAAAUGUUAAACUCAAAUUAGAGGAUGUCACAUUUGCUAUCCAGAGUUUUAUUUCUGAGCACGCUCACUUAUUGAGUCCCGCUCAGAGCAGUUGCCUCCUCAAGUGCCUCAGUGGCACUCAGAGAACCUUCAGGGACCAGAUGGACAAACUUGUCGCCAUGAGAUCUACCUUAGAUGUCCUCUUGGACACCAAGGAGAAGGAAGACCAGAAGAAGCUCAUAUUGGAAAGGCAGCAAGAGAUUGCAGACAAGUUAGAGGAAGUGUGCGACAGUCUCACUUUGACUGAGAAUCGUUUGAUUGGGCACCAACAGCAGGCUAGUAAUGCCGAGUGCGUCACAGAUCUGCAGCAGUACCAGCAGGAGCAUCAGGCCUUGCAAAAAGACGUCUUAACAAACGCCACUGCGCUGAAUGAGGUCAUAACAAGUACGAAAAGGUUUUUGGAGGAAAAUCGGAGCAAGUUGACGGCGGAGCAAAUUGCUGAUAUUGAGACCAAGUUGGAAGAAGCAAAAAGCAAAGCUAAGCUUAUCCAAAAGCAAGCUGAGGAGUCCAGGAAGGACUUAGAGAAGGUUGUAACCACUGCUAUAAAGCAGGAGAGUGAAAAGGCUGCAGCUGUUGAGCAUCUUGAGGAAAGCAAGAACAAAAUAGAAAGUCUACUAGGUUGGAUCUCAAAUAUUGGGGAUCAAAAUGAAAGAAGCAUUGAUGAAACAGACCUCAUAAGCAAAGACAAUGGAAACCUGCCAGAGGAGACAUUAGACAAGUCGCGGAAAGAAAAGAAGGAUGAUGCAAAUGGAAACAAUUUACUUCGAAGUGAAAGUGAUUUUGAUGGGCAAAGUGACGCCUGCAUGGAUAUUGACAAGCAGUAUGAAAGAGUCAAGGCUCACCAUCAGGAGAUUCUGUCCCAGCAACAGGAUUUGAUCAUGGCCACCCAGUCAGCCCAAGCUCUUCUGGACAAGCAAGCCGAUGUUCUGUCUCCACAGGAAAAGGAAAAACUGGAGAAGAACAUUCUGGAACUGAAGGGGCGCUACAAUGCCUCUCUCACCCAAGCUGAGCAGCAGAUGAAGCAGGUACAAUGUGUACAGGAGGAGCUGAAGAAGUUUCAGGAUGAUUGCAAAGAGUUUGAGGACUGGUUAAAACAGGCUGAGGGUGAGGUGGAGCAUUUGGGUGGCUCAGCGGGUUCCCUAAAAAUCCUCAAUGACAAACUUGUCAGACAGAAGAGCUUUUCAGAGGACGUCAUCUCUCACAAGGGAGACCUUCGUUUCAUCACCAUUUCGGGCCAGAAAGUUCUGGAUGUAGCAAAAGCAUGUGGAGUCGCUGACCCAGUGGCUAAAAAUAAUCUGAUGCAAGUGGAUACUUCAGGAACUUGUUCUGCUGUCAAGGACAAACUAGAUUCUGCAGCUAGUCGAUAUAAGACACUUCACUCUCAGUGCAAUCAACUUGGCAACAAUCUCAAAGAUGUCGUUGACAAGUAUAAGAAAUACGAUGACUCAAGUUCGGAUCUACUUAAGUGGCUCGGGAGUUCCGAAGAGGAGGCGAGGAAGCAGCAGUCAGAGGCCAUCGCUGCUGAGCCACAAAUUCUCCAGACACAGCUGGAGGACACCAAGGCUUUACAAGGUCAGAUGAGCGGACAUCAGACUGCUAUUGACACGCUACGCAAAACAGCAGAUUCUUUGAUCUCAUCUGAUGGAAACCUGCUGAGCAACAUAGAUGAGAUCCAAGAGACAGUAGAUGACAUCGUGGAGCGGUAUGACAACUUGUCCAAGUCUGUGAGUGAUCGCAAUGAGAAGUUGCAGAUGACUUUGACUCGCUCCAUGAGUGUUCAGGACGGACUGGAUGAGAUGAUGGGAUGGAUGGAAGGAGUGGAAACCAGCGUGAAAGAAAAUGGCACAAUUCCACUGGACUCCGCAUCCAUCACAGAUAUGUUGAGCAAAGAAACAGCCAUAGAGCAGGACAUAGCAAGUCGACAGAGCAGCAUCGCAGCCAUGAAAUCUAAAGUGACCAAGUUUGUGGAAACAGCCGACCCCACAUCCGCGGCACUCCUGCAGUCCAAGAUGGAUGCCCUCUCCCAGCGCUUCUUGGACACGUGUGACAAGCACAAGCAGAAAGUUUCACGUCUGGAACAGCUUAAAGACAAGGUGGAGCAGUUUGAGAAGGUCGCAGAAAAUGUCCAGCAGUUUGUUAUGAAGCGUUCGCAAGAUCUACAUGAGACCGACGGGCCAGGGAAAACCUUUGAAGAACUCUCUGAGUUAACGCAGAAAACAAAAGCUGAGAUGGCUGAACAUGCCAGUAAUUUGGAGAAGUUGCAGACGUUGUCGAAGGAGCUGUGUGAAAUGAGCAAAGAUGGUAACAAAGCAGUGAUGCAGAGCAAGAUGGAUAAUCUCUCAAACAUCUUCAGCACCUUCAAAGACACACUCAAAGAAAAGGAAGAGGAGGUAUCAUCCUGUCAGGACCUGCUCGGGGAGUUCAGGUCUGCGGCCAGUGCUCUCAGCAAGUGGCUAGAAGAGACCAAUGAGAAAGUGCCCGUGGUGCAGAAAAGUUGCAGUGCAAAAAGUUUGGAGAAGGACCUCCAAAUAAUCACUGGAUUACUGGAAGAAUGGACAUCUAAAGGCCCUGCUGUGCAGGACUUGAACAAUAGAGGAUCUUCACUAUGUAGCCACAUUGCGAUUCUCACAUCCCCUGCAAAAGCAAAGAUCCCUAACAAAACAGCUCUUACUAACGGUGGUGGUCCAGCGAGCCAUUCCUACCUAACCAAUAAAGAGCUGAUGACAAUUCAGCAAAAUAUGUCCUUCGUCAAUGAGGGCUAUUCCUGUCUGGGUGACACACUGAAGAGUCGAGCAGCUGAGCUGAAUGGAUCCGUGCGGGAGCUGAAAGAUGCCAAAAAGGAGACGGAAAACAUGAUGACGUGGCUGGAGGACAUGAAAAAGACAGCAGCUUCUUGGAAGAAUGGUGCCACAGAGAAAGAUGCAGUGAAAACACAACUUGAACAGCAGAAGGUGUUUGAAGAGGACAUGAAGCAGAAGAAAGAGCAGCUCCACAAGCUGAGGGAGAAGCUCAUUGACUUGAUUGAAACUCAUCCAAACUCACAAGAAGCUGACAAAUGGAAGCAAAUGUUGGCAGAAAUUGAUGCUGCUUGGGCAGAUAUCAGUGGCUCCGCCUUGGAGAGGAAGCAGCACCUGGAGCAGUCCAACAAAAAUUUGGACAUUGUCCAAAGUACUCAACUUCAGCUUGGUCAGUGGCUGUCAGAGAAGGAGAUGAUGAUGAGUGUCCUUGGACCGCUCUCUAUUGACCCCAACAUGCUGAAAAUGCAGAAGCAACAAGUCCAGAUCCUACAGAACGAAUUCAAGAGCCGCAAGCCUCAGUUUGAGCAACUAAAGGAAGCCGCAUCUGCCAUCUUAAACUCAUCAGAUAACCAGGACCCCUCAAAUGGGAAGCUGGUGAGGGAGCAGCUCACUACCGUUACUGAAAAAUGGCAAGGACUUAUAGGACAGCUGGAUCAGAGAGAUGCCCUCAUCGACCAAGCUGCGGUGAAGACAGGGCAGUUCCAAGAGCUGUUGAGGACUCUCGGCCAGACCACCGCUCAGCUGGAGGAUCAGCUCAGCGGGCAUCAAGCCAGCAGUACCCAGCCCGAUGCGGUGAAGAAACAAUUGGAAGAUGUCCACAACAUCUCGGUCCAGCUGAGGGAGGAGAAGGGGAAGCUGAAAGAGGCUGAAGCCGUUCAUGCGGAGCUCACAGCGAUGGUGACUGAGGACUAUCUGAAAGCUGACUUAGACAGGCAGCUGGAGACUGUCAGCAAACCUCUGCGACAGCUGGAAGAGAGAGCAGCCAAACAAAUUGAGCAGCUGAACUCAACCUUCGCCAGCUCCCAGCAGUUUCAUCAGACCUCCAAAGAUUUCCAGUCAUGGCUGGCUCAGAAACUGCAAGACCAGUCGAAACCUCAGCCCAUCUCUGCCAAAGUGGACGUCCUUGAAAAAACUCUGGAUGAGCACAAUAACCUUCAGGUGGCGCUCAGAGAAGAAGAAGCCACUUACAGUUCAAUAGCAGGGGAAGGCGAAAUGCUUCUGCAAAACACUGAUGGUGCUGAAAAGUUGGCGCUGCAAGGUCAACUGUCUCUGCUCUCCUCUAACUGGCAAGAGGUGAAAAAGAGCUCCGAUGCACAGGGUGAAAAACUUAAGACUGCCCUGCAGAGAGCUAAAACGUUUGAGGAGCAUGUGGAGAAGCUCCACACUUGGGUGAAGGAGUGUGAAGCCAAAGAGGGUCGAGUCAAACUUGCUGUUGACCCUGUUGCUGUAGAGGAUGCUGUAGUUCAAGUGAAAGCUCUUCAGAAAGAUGUAGACAAGCACAGAGGGAUGGUGGAACAGAUGAACAAUGCUGCGGGGAGCCUUCUCGAGGUGGCUGACGCUGACACGGAUGAAGUUAAAAAAGAGGCGGCGAGCAUUUCUAAAAGAGUGGACUGUUUAUUGGAAGGUCUCCAGAACAAAAGAGAAUCCUUGGAAAAGAUCUCACAUACUGUUAAAGAAUUUAAUGAAGAUUUUAAGGAGACUAAGGCUCAUCUAGAGGGAGCUAAGAAGCUCCUGGAUGCUUAUGAAUCCCAGGGAGUACAGGCCUACAGCAGUAAGAACUUAACCAACAUGAAAGCCCAACAGAAAAGCCUUGAAGGGCUGCAAAACCAAGUCGAACACCUUACCAGCUUAGCAAAGACCCUCGUGGUUGAUCUCCCGGAUGCUGAUGGAGUGACAGACUUGCUAUUGCAAGCUGACAGCAUAGAAAAGGAAUACAGCAGUCUUAACAAGAAGCUAGAGGAGACAUGCCAGGUCCUGGAAAGCAAAUUGCAGGGCAUUGGGCAGUUCCAAAACAGCAUCCGGGAAAUGUUCACCCGCUUCACAGACCUGGAUGAUGAGUUGGACAACAUGGCUCCGGUAGAUCUGGACUUGGUUGUUCUUAAGGAGCAGCAGGAGAACAUUGAGAGAUUUUUAGCACAGCUGGAAGCGCUGAUGGUCAACACGGCCGAUGCAGGAGAUGGCUGUAAAAGGAUGCUCGAAACGGACUCCUCACCUGACCUGUUGGGUCUGAAGAGAGACCUGGAUGCGCUGAGCAAGCAGUGUGGCAAGCUGGUGGACCGAGCCAAAGGCAGAGAGCGGCAGGUGCAGAGUACUCUGCUCAAGCUGGAGGAGUUCUGUGGAAAACUUCAACAUGUGGAAGAUCAACUCUGCAAAGCUGGAGACAAGGAAACUUCCCAAGGAGCGGUCGGCAUGGAGACAGACAUUAUCAAUCAACAGCUGGAGGUUUUUAAGGCUUUCCAAAAGGAAGACAUUGAUCCUUUGCAGACACAACUCCAAGACAUCAACUCCAUCAGUCAGGGGCUGAUCCAGAACGCCGCCAGAGGAACCAAUACUAAAAAGCUCGAGGAUGACCUGGAGAAGGUUAACACAAAGUGGAACACGCUCAAUAAAAAGAUCGCUGAGCGUUCAGCCCAGCUGCAUGAAGCCCUGUUGCAUUGUGGAAGGUUCCAUGAUGCUCUGGACUCUCUGCUCAGCUGGUUGACAGACACGGAGGAGCUCAUGGCCAAUCAGAAGCCUCCUUCGGCUGAGUUCAAAGUGGUCAAGGCACAGAUACAAGAGCAGAAACUCUUACAGAGACUGUUGGAUGACCGUAAGCCCACAGUGGAGCUGAUAAAAAGCGAAGGGGGGAAGGUUGCAGAACUGGCAGAGUCUGUGGAUAAGGAAAAGGUUGCAAAAGAGGUCCAAUCCCUUGGGCAGAGGUGGGACACUCUGCUCAAGAAAGCUGAGAACAGGCAUAAGCAACUGCAAAGCAUUUUGGUGGUCACUCAGCAGUUCCAUGAGACUUUAGAACCUCUGAGCGAUUGGCUCGCCGCCACAGAGAAGCGCCUCUCCAACUCAGAACCAGUUGGCACGGAAACAUCGAAGCUGGAAGAACAGAUCUCCCAUCAUAAGACCAUAGAAGAGGAGAUAAUGAAUCGCAGUAAAGACCUGUUCCAUGCUGUCAGUCUGGGUCAGAUGCUCAAAGCUGUGAGCUCUGUUGAUGACAAGGACUUUGUUCAGUCCAAGCUGGACGCCACGCAGGCCGCUUACAUUGAGCUGCAGGAGCGCUGCAGAAGGAAAGCCGAGUUACUGCAGCAGGCCCUGGCCAACGCCCAGCUCUUUGGAGAGGACGAGGUGGCCCUCAUGAACUGGCUCAGUGAGGCACACGCACGUUUGAAGGAAGUGUCCGUGGAGGACCACAUAGUAGACACACUUGAAAAGCAGAUGGCAGAGCAACUGGCUUUACACAAUGAUAUUGAAUUGAGGAAGAAGAAUGUUGACAUAGCCCUCUUCAAUGGAAUGGAACUAUUGAAGCAAACAACAGGUGAUGAGGUUGUUGUUAUCCAAGGAAAAUUAGAUGGAAUCAAAACAAAGUAUGCUGAGAUCACCUCCAUGAGUGAAAAUGUUGUGAACACACUGGAGCGUGUUUUGAGUCUCUCCACAAAGCUGCACCAAACACACGAUGAUCUGAGCACCUGGCUGGUAAAGGCUGAGGCCCAAGUCAGUUCUUAUGUGGAUCAGGAGCCGAUCGGCGAGCAGCUCACUCAAGCCCAAAACAUUCAAAAGACUUUGCUCAAGGAGACAAAAGACAAAAAAGCAGCAGUGGACAAGCUGAAUGAAUUGAGUACUUCCCUGCUGGAUCUCAUUCCCUGGCACACCCGAGAAGGUCUUGACAAGCUGGUGACGGAGGACAAUGAGCGGUACAGAGCUGUCUGUGACAGCAUCACUCAGCAGGUCGACCGGAUCAACGCAGACAUUCUCAAGUCACAGCAGUUUGAAGACGCAGCAGAUUCUGAACUAGCAUGGCUUACAGAUGCUGAGCGUAAGCUACUGUCAAUGGGUGGAAUCAAAUUGGGACAGGACCAAACUGCAGCCCAACUACAAGCACAUAAGGCCUUUUCUAUGGAUAUUAUGAGGCACAGAGAUUCCGUGGAUGCAAUAGUGAAAACAGGAAAAUCCAUCAUGAGCAGCAAAAAAACAGAGGAAAAGGAAUUGUUAAAGGCCAAGACCCAGACUCUCGUAGAGAAGUAUGGUGCGGUGAGUCAGCUGAACUCCGAGCGCUCUCUGCAGCUGGAAAGAGCUCAGUCUCUUGCAAGCCAGUUUUGGGAAACCUAUGAAGAAUUGUCACCGUGGCUUCAGGAAACCCUAAAGACCUUCAACCAGCUGCCUCCACCCGCCAUCGAGUAUGAAACGCUCAAGCAGCAACAAGAGGAACUAAGGCAAAUGAGGGAGCUGAUUGCUGAACACAAACCACACAUAGACAAGAUGAAUAAGACAGGACCUCAAUUACUGGAACUGAGUCCUGAGGAAGGGCUGCCCAUCAGGGAGAAGUACACAACGUCCGAGCAGCUGUACACCAAAUUGAAGAGUGACGUCAAACAGAGAGCAGCCGAGUUAGAUGAGGCCAUCUCCAAAUCCACUCAGUUCCAUGAUAAAAUCGACCCCAUGCUGGAAUCCUUGGAGCGGAUUGCUGAGCGCCUGCAUCAGCCUCCCUCCAUUUCAGCGGAGGUGGACAAAAUCAAGGAGCAGAUAACAGAGAAUAGAAGUGUUAGUGUGGACCUGGAGAAACUGCAGCCUUCCUUUGAGACCCUGAAGCAGCGAGGCGAGGAGAUGAUUGCGCGGUCCAAAGACAGAGCAUUAUCUGCCAAAGCUGUACGAGACAAAAUGGACCAUAUGGUGUUCCUAUGGAGUGAUAUUCAAGUCUUGCUGGACGAGCGCGAGGCCAAGCUAUUGGAUGUGAUGGACCUCGCCGAAAGGUUCUGGUGCGAUCACUGCACUCUGAUCGCCACCAUCAAGGACACCCAGGACUUGCUGAGGGAACUGGAAGAGCCAGGGGUGGAUCCUUCAGUUGUCAAACAGCAGCAGGAGUUUGUUGAGGGUUUUAAAGAGGAGAUUGAUGGGCUUCAAGAGGAGCUGGAUUCUGUUAGAAACCAAGGCUCUGAGCUCAUGACAGCCUGCGGAGAACCUGACAAACCUGUGAUAAAGAAAAGCAUUGAUGAGGUGAACUCGGCAUGGGAAAACCUCAACAAGACUUGGAAAGAGCGAGUUGACAGGCUGGAGGACGCCAUGCAGAGUGCAGUGCAAUUCCAGGAUGGCCUGCAGGGUAUGUUUGACUGGGUGGAUAUCCUGGAGAGCAAACUGGACUCCAUGUCACCUGUGGGCACAGACCUCGAAACUGUCAAGCAGCAAAUUGUUGAGCUCAAGGAGUUCAAAGUCGAGGCGUACCAGCUGCAGAUUGAGAUGGAGCGCCUGAACCACCAAGCGGGCCUCCUUCUCAAGAAGGUGACAGAGGAGUCCGACCGCUGCGCCAUCCAGGAGCCAAUGUACGAGCUUAAAAUGCUGUGGGGAAACCUGGAUGAGAAGAUCAUCAGCCGGCAGCACAAACUAGAGGGAGGCCUUCUUGCACUGGGACAGUUCCAGCAUGCACUGGACGAGCUGUUGGCCUGGAUGAACCACACUGAGGAGCUGCUCAAUGAGCAGAGAAAGGCAGGGGGAGACCCCAAAGCUAUUGAAAUUGAGCUGGCCAAGCAUCAUGUCCUCCAAAUUGACGUACUGGCUCACAAGUCAACAGUUGAGACGGUGAACAAAGCAGGGAAUGAUCUUGUGGAAUCCAGUGCUGGAGAGGAAGCCUCUUGCCUGAGGAGCAAACUGGAGAACCUCGACCAGCGCUGGAAGGCCAUCUUGGAAAAGGCUGAGCAGAGGAAGCAGCAACUGGAAAGCGCUCUGCUUCAGGCCCAGGGUUUCCAUGGUGAGGUGGAAGAUAUGCUGCAAUGGCUGAAAGACACAGAACGUCAGCUGUUGGCUUCAAAGGCUGUGGGAGGCUUACCAGACACAGCCCGCGAGCAGCUUAACGUCCAUCUGGAGUUGUGUUCCACCUUGGAGAUAAAGGAGGAGCUAUACAAGGAGCUGAUGACCAAAGGUCAACAGCUGCUCGCUAUGACGCCCGAGGGCAACACGGAGCAGGACCUCAACAACCUGAAAGACAAAUGGGAAGCCGUGCAGGCCAAAGUUGCUGAAAGGAAGGUCAAACUGGAGGAGGCCUUGACGCUGGCCACAGAUUUCCACAACUCUCUGCAAGACUUCAUCAACUGGCUGACCCAAGCAGAGCAGACGCUGAACAUGGUGUCGCCCGCCUCUCUGAUUCUGGAAACCAGUCUGUUUCAGAUUGAUGAGCAUAAAGUGUUUGUGACAGAGGUCAACUCUCACAGAGAUGACAUCAUCGAGCUGGACAAGACCGGCACGCAGUUAAAGUACUUCAGCCAGAAGCAGGACGUGGUUCUGAUCAAGAACCUGCUCCUGAGUGUGCAAGGUCGCUGGGAAAAGCUGGUGCAGCGAUCUGUGGAACGCGGUCGUGUUUUGGACGAUGCCAGGAAGAGAGCGAAACAAUUCCAUGAAAACUGGAGUAAACUAAUUGAAUGGUUGGAUGACUGUGAGAAGACGCUAGACUCUGAAGUGGAAAUUGCCAAUGAGCCAGACAAAAUCAAGAAGCAGCUUUCGCAACACAAGGAGUUCCAGAAGGCUUUGGGGAGUAAGCAUUCGGUGUAUGAUACCACCUCGAGAACUGGACGAGCCCUCAAGGACAAGACUUCGCUUCAGGAUGAUAAUCAGAAACUGGAUGACAUGCUGAGUGAACUGAGGGACAAAUGGGACACAGUUUGUGGAAAGUCCAUAGAGAGGCAAAACAAGCUGGAGGAGGCAUUGCUGUUCUCCGGCCAGUUCAAAGACGCUCUGCAGGCUCUCAUCGACUGGCUGUACAAAGUGGAGCCUCAGAUGGCUGAAGACCAGCCAGUUCACGGAGACAUCGACCUGAUUUUGAACCUGAUAGACAACCACAAGGUUUUCCAGAAGGAACUGGGAAAGAAGACAGUCAGCGUCCAGGCCCUCAAACGCUCGGCCAGGGAGCUGAUUGACAGCAGUCACGACGACUCCUCAUGGGUCAAAGUUCAAAUACAGGACUUAAGCACUCGCUGGGAGACGGUGUGCAACCUUUCGGUGUCCAAGCAGACGCGUCUGGAGCAGGCCCUGUGCCAGGCUGAGGAGUUUCACUCCACGGUUCACAUCCUGCUAGAGUGGCUGGCCGAGGCCGAGCAGAGUUUGCGUUUCCAUGGCAGCCUGCCCGACGAUGAAGAGGCUCUCCGUGCACUUAUUGAUCAGCACAAGGAGUUCAUGAAGAAACUGGAAGAAAAGCGUGUUGCUCUGAAUAAAGCCAUCAGUCUGGGUGAGGCUAUUCUGAGCAUCUGCCAUCCCGACUCCAUCACAACCAUCAAACACUGGAACACAAUCAUUAAAGCUCGGUUUGAAGAGGUACAAGCGUGGGCCAGGCAGCACCAGCAGCGACUAGCCGCAGCUCUCAGUGAGUUCUUAGCCACUCAAGACUUGCUGGAGAACCUUUUGACUUGGCUCCAAUGGGCUGAGUCAAACUUGAGUGACAAAGACAAGGAAGUCCUACCGCAGGAGAUCCAGGAGAUCAAAAGUCUCAUCGCAGAACACCAGACGUUUAUGGAGGAAAUGACCAGGAAGCAACCAGAUGUUGACAAAAUCACAAAAACACACAAAAGGAAAGCUGCUCUGGAACCUCAGAUCCACUCUCAGAUCCCUGUGCUGGACAAAGGAAGAGCUGGAAGAAAACGUUCUCCCACUCAAACCAUGUAUGCGUCAGCGACGCAAGCACCCAUCGAAACCAAAAAUCCGCGUGUCAACCUGCUGGUCAGUAAAUGGCAGCACGUGUGGCUGCUGGCUCUAGACAGGAGGAGGAAACUAAACGACGCUUUGGAUAGAUUGGAGGAGUUGAAAGAGUUUGCCAACUUUGACUUUGACGUGUGGCGGAAACGCUACAUGCGCUGGAUGAACCACAAAAAGUCUCGCGUCAUGGACUUCUUCCGCCGCAUUGACAAAGAUCAGGAUGGAAAAGUCACGAGGCAGGAGUUCAUCGAGGGCAUCCUGUCCUCCAAAUUCCCCACAAGUCGACUGGAGAUGAGUGCUGUGGCAGACAUAUUUGAUCGGGACGGUGACGGCUACAUCGACUACUAUGAGUUUGUUGCUGCUCUUCAUCCCAACAAGGACGCCUACAAACCUUUGACAGAUGCUGACAAGAUUGAAGAUGAGGUGACCCGCCAAGUUGCCAAAUGCAAAUGUCCAAAACGGUUUCAAGUGGAGCAAAUUGGUGCCAACAAGUACAGGUUUUACCUUGGAAACCAGUUUGGAGACUCUCAGCAGCUUCGUCUGGUGCGUAUCUUGCGCAGCACUGUAAUGGUGCGAGUGGGUGGAGGCUGGAUGGCGCUGGAUGAGUUCCUGGUGAAGAACGACCCCUGUCGAGUUCAUCACCACGGGAGCAAAAUGUUGCGCUCAGAAUCAAACUCGUCGAUAACUCAGUCUCCUAUAGGUUGGCAAAUCUCAAACUUUCUCUCCCUGCUCCAUGAACCCACCAGUGCUAAAGGCAGGACCAACAUGGAGCUGCGAGAGAAGUUCAUUGUCCCCGAGGGCACCACGCAGGUGAUGGCUAGCUUCCGCUACCGAGGCCGUCGCUCACGGCCCUCGUCGAGGGCGGCGUCGCCCAACAGAUCCAUAUCCAGCCAAAGCUGUGUCAUCCCGUCCAACCCGCCAGUGAACAGCACUCCUAAGACGUGCCAACACAUAAACCGCAAUUAUGAUAAGCCUUGGCUUACAAACAGCAAACCCUCCACUCCAAUUAAAUCAUCCGACUCCUUCGGGAGCCCAGGUUCAUCCUCAGAGACAACGCCAGUUCAAGGGAGCAAGUUACGCCUUCCGGGCUAUUUGUCGGGAAAAGGAUUUCAGUCAAGCGACGAGGGAACACUAAUCAACGCUGCCGUGCUCAAAGCUCGGGGUCAUGUUCUAGGAGACUCGAGGAAAAACUCGAGCCGACCUGGAAGCAAAGCAGGAAGCAGAGGCAGCAGUCGCAGAGGCAGCGACGCCUCAGACUUCGACAUCUCGGACAUCCAGUCGGUGUGCUCGGAUGCAUCGGAGACGGUUGGGGAAGGCACGCGGACGACUCCGCGUUCCGUUUCCCGCCAACAAGGAGGGAAGCCCUCCAAGAUCCCCACACCUCAGAGAAGAAGCACUCCCACGAGCAAACUUGCCAAGGGAUCCAAGCGAUAGUCAGUGGCUUCAAGAACAAAGGCCACAAACACUGGAAUUACAUAAUUUAAGACUCCAAAUAUGCGAGUGUUAUUUAAACUGAUGCUGAGUUGUAAAAUAUUCCUUUGGUGAGGUGAUAUGAUUGAGUAGUAUGCGUGAAUGGAAUGUCAAUGGCCUCGUGUAUUUGUUUUUAAUGUAUUUUACUUUUUGGUGAAAAUGUCCAAAAAAAUUUAAAUUAUAUUAUUUGAUUGAUCCUGUCAAGAUUUGAUGGUUUGCCGAAAAUGGCACUUGAGAGAAGUUACUGAAUGUACUUUUGUCAUGUAUGUGCUCUGGACUUUGGAGUAGCAUCGCACCACCACGUGCGCGUGUGUGUGUGUGUGUGUGUGUGUGUAUGUGUGUGUGCGUGUACCUGUGUGCGUGUGGUGCCGCAAAUAUUUAUUUAAGUGCUAACAAUCUACAGUACUUUCAAGGGCAAUGCAAUAUAACUAUGGUAAGCACUGCGGAAACCUUUAACAACACUCCAAGUAGCAGAAACCCUGCAGCCGCAAGUCGUCUGUUUGCAGACGACUUUGCAGCAACAUGUGAGCCCCUUCACGCUGACAUUCUCUGUGUAGGCACAUUGCUUCAUUUCAGUUGUUACUGUAACUAUUACUUUGUAAUAAACCUGCUUGCACAAAGCUACAAGAAACUGACUUAGA